AUGUCGUCAGAAGCAGCACCUGCUGAUGUUGCGGCCGUUGCGCCGCCGGCAGACCGUUUGGCAGAUUUGAAAGCAGCGCGACAGGCACUGAAGCGGCAGUUGGCGCAAGCAACCCGAGAGGUGAAGAGAGAAAAACGCCGUCGCAUCAUGCAGCAAGCUGGGAAACUGAGCACGGCAGAUUUGUCGUGGCUGUUGGCGGUCAAGGUUGCCAAUGGUCGUUUUUCAGCCAUGCAAGCGCUGGGACAACAGUCUCGAGUGGCGCGGAAAGUCCGUGCGUACUUGACGAAAACAAAGCUGCUGAACGGCCCCCCUGACCGGGAGGCACGCAAGCAGCUGCUGAUAUGGCUGCGCGACAAAUGGGCUGCGCAGCGAAUGGCCACUCGGAAUGAGCACGGACACGCCAAGCGGCAGCGGUGGAGAGCUUCAUUUGCACAAGCCGACAGGCCGCAGAUUUUGCGCGACAUGUUGCCGCAAAUUCCUGUGAAGUUUGCACGUGCUGCACGUGACCUACUGGCAGGGUGGCAUGUCGAAGAGCUGAUUGUCAACGAGCCAUCGCCGCAAGCAUACAAGGGCACUGGUACUAUGUUCCGAUACAGUGGCUCCUUUAGCAUGAUUGAGCAUCAACCUUCCUUGGACCUGCUUGCGGCAGGACCAUCUGUCGACAUUGAUCUGCUCAGUGCCGGCCUACGAAACGCACCGCAGGUGCUUGCCAUUUGGGAUGACUUUCAAAGUUGGAUGACCGAGCUCGGCAACAAGUACCGCUUUGAACGGGUCAGCACCGCCCUGGAGCUCCACACAGAGGUGACGCUGCAACGCAGAGUGCCUUCCAUUCACUUGCACAUGAUGUUUGACACCCGCGACUCGGCAGCAAUGCGGGGGGAUAAGAUUAACAAGGAGUGUGCCGAGCAGCACUACGUCCAAUGCAAGCGCAACAUUCGUGCUUACUGUGAGAACCUGAAGUACCAUGGCCAGAAACAACGGGAGCUGUACAUUCAGCAGCAGCAGGCUGCUGCAGCAGAGCUCUUGCGCCCACUGCAGAAAGAGCCAGUGGAACUACCAGAAGUGACGCAGCUGUUCUUGCCACAGUUCACGCGGCCUAUGCAUCGCCGAAAAUUCUUGGUGCUGAAUGGCCCAACGCGCCUGGGGAAGACUGUCUAUGCACGGUCUCUCUUUGGCGCAGACCACACGUAUGAAACCAAUUGUUCUGGGGUGUUGGGGCCCGACAUGAGGGAAUAUGAUGUGCUACGGCACCGGUGUGUGGUGUUUGAUGAAGCUAGUGUCCAUCUUGUCUUGAAGCACAAAAAAUUGUUUCAGGCGCCGCCUGCCGAAAUUUCACUUGGGCACUCGGCGACAGGCAUGUAUGUUUAUCGCAUCUGGGUUUGGAAUGUCGCUCUCAUUGUCACAUCCAAUGUCUGGACCACCGAACUGGAGCAGCUCGCUGCAGAAGAUCGGGAAUGGCUAGAAAGGAAUGCGAUUCUCAUUCAGUGUAGCCAGCCCUUAUACAGACAAGACUGA